CCAACAAGAAUUUAGCACAAUUUAUGUAUAACAAAGUUUUUAACUCAAAUGAGCCACUCGUAAUAAGAUUGCGUCUUACAUCGAUAAUCCUCUUGUUCCUAAAGUUCUGGUUCAAGGGGUCUAGAAGCAGCAAAAAUGGAGGCAACCAAGGAAAAACACCAUUAUGUUCUUAUUCACGGGAUCUGCCAUGGAGCUUGGUGUUGGUACAAGAUCAUACCGCUCCUGAAAUCUGCAGGCCACUGGGUCACCGCUCUGGACCUCGCAGCCUCAGGCGUCAACAAGAGAUCCAUCGAAGAUCUUCACACCUUUGUUGACUACUCUCAGCCUUUGUUGGAGUUCAUGGAAUCGAUUCCUCAAGAUGAAAGGGUAAUUCUUGUAGGACAUAGCUUUGGAGGCAUGAAUCUGGCCCUUGCCAUGGAGAAAUUCCCGGAAAAGAUCUCUGUUGCUGUUUUCUUGACCGCUAUUGUGCCCGAUACAGUUCACCCACCCUCAUAUGUUAUUGAAGCACAGAAUAAUAGGACAAACUCAGGAGAUGGUUGGUUGGACACUGUAUUUACCUCCUAUGGAAGCCCUGACAAGCCAUCAACUUCAAUGCUAUUUGGUCCCAUGGGUUUGUCUUCCAAGCUCUAUCAACUCUCCCCCAUUCAGGAUCUUGAGCUGGCUAAGACUUUGAUAAGGCCAGGAUUUUUGUUUAUUGAAGACUUGUCCAAAGUCAACAAAUUCACGAACAGUAGGUACGGGUCAGUUACUCGGGUUUUUAUUGUGUGCGAUGAAGAUGAAGCUUUAACAGAAGAAUUUCAGCGAUGGAUGAUCGAGAAUAGCGGAACGAAUAACGUGAUGGAGAUUCAUGGUGCUGAUCAUAUGGCAAUGCUUUCAAAGCCACAACAACUUUUUCAUUCAUUAUUGGACAUAGCACAUCAUUAUACUUGA